AGUGUCACUGGUGCCUGGUGCCCUGGUGGUGGUGUUUAUCAUCAGUACUGCAGCGCAGCUCACGCAGCAGUCACGGUGGCGGCGCACUGGAAACGUGUGACGGCAGCCCGAUGUUUCCACAGCGGGGCUAGGCCGUUUGCCAGCGUCCAGUGAACUUCUGUUUUGGUUUGAAUGCACGCACCGAUACAGCUGUUAGGAAACUGCUUCUUUGAAGAUGGCAAGUGUGUUACUGUCGCUAGCUGGCCCAGCACUAGUAGUGUUCUUAGUGUUGUAGUUUGUUCGAGUUGCAUUCCGAGUAUUUCUGACUUCACCUGUAGAUCUCGUAUCCUGGGCGCUAUGGUCUGGGUCGAGUCUAGACGGUCCCCUCUUUAACGCCAGUAACAUACCGACCGCCACACCGUACUGUUUCAAUAUUCUGUUUCCAUUCCCGUGUGCUCUGUAGAUGGACACGUAGUGAGCUCAGUGGGUGUAACCGCCUAGCCGUAAUCACCUGUAACAGUGUGACUGUCAACGACUGAGACUAAGUAACGUGUUGCUGUUGUGGCUGCUGCGGAUGUUGCUGUUUGGCAUGGACAAAACCCCGUCCAUUCCUGUUUCUCUACCACCACUGAUGUCUGUCAGCGAGGCGCGCUCCAAGUUACGACACUCUCGUCAAGAUCAACGCUUGGCGGGUGCUAGAAGAAGUCGUAGCUCUGGUGCUGUUGCUGAUGCUGCCAGUGUGGGCACAGCUAGAACGUCUGUUGCUGCUUCUGGUGAGGAUGGUGGUGGCGGCGGUGGCGUGGUGGAGGAAGAUGAAGAGCCGCCCUUGCUAGUUCCAGCACACCGAACUUCCACCUAUGAUGGUCCCCAAGAGCAAGAGGUGGAGACGGCGGAGCUGUCGCCACGAGAUGCUCAUGCUGGCCAAUUCCGCCUUCAGCUCUGGCAAUUCUUGCUGCUGCUGCUCAGCCGUCCGGAGGAUUUCGGCAACACUAUCAAAUGGACAGAUGAUAGCGGCGAGUUCAAGGUUUUCGACACUGAAGAAUUGGCUCGGUUAUGGGGUGGGCGGAAGGGACGAAACACGAUGAACUAUGACAAACUGUCCCGCUCCCUGCGCUACUACUAUGACAAAGGCAUUCUGAAAAAAGUUACCGGACAGCGGUUGGUGUAUCGCUUCGACGCUGAAAUACAUCGCCGUCAUGUUCAGCAAUUGCAGCAGGGCCUUAGUGGUGUUGUAUCGCUGCAGUCAAGUCGCAAUCCAGCUACUGCUGCUGCAGCCGCUGCUGGAGGCACAUAUGGCGUAAACUCGGGCGCUGCAGGAGGACAGCGCUCAGAUUCACCUUCGUCUCAGCACACUUCCGAUGCUGUACUCAUCAAUGCAGUGAAGCGGGAACAACAAGAGAGAGCUGAGGGUGGUGGCGGAGGCGGGGGUGGUCGCCAUGGCCACUCGGCAAAGAGGGCGCGAAAGGAAAAGUCAGGUAUCGAAGAGCAUCAGGCGAGCAGUAUGGAGGCAUCGCUUCUGUUCGGUAGGGCACUGCGAGAAGGCUGCAUGGUUAUGCCGCGCUGCCGUAUGUUCCUUAUCGGGCCUCGCCGGUCUGGGAAGACCAGUCUGAAGCGCUUACUUCUCGGCAUUGCUCCUGACGUGACUCUUGAAGAAUCUGCCCUGGAUGGCGUUGACGCCGAUGCUGACGCGGCCGUCUUCCACACUAGUAGUCCUUAUCACAUGGACAGUACCUGUAGAUCGGCAUUGCCGUGGAAAACUGAGGAUGUGCGGCACAGUCGACUGCGAGAGUUUGAUCGGCGCGUGUCACGCUGGGUUUCCGCCGACUUGAUGUCGUUCUCACACGAAGCCGUACAGCAGCGCAUGCCAGCUAGCCAGCAGAUCAUGCUGCACAAUGAGCGCAGUCAGUUCAUGCCAAUGAAAUUGGCGGGAAUGCCAGCCGGUAUGGCUGGAAUGGCUCAUGCAUACACCGGCGUUGCUACUGGACCUACGGUUUCAGCCACGGGCACAACAGCGUCGUCUUAUCCAGCCCCAGUGACGCCGUCACGAACGCCACCAGGGGCUAGGCACUCUGCUUCACCGUCAGUGGCCACUGCAGUUAGCACGGCUGGUUUCACAACAGCGUCCAGUUCUUCAACCUCCCAACCGGCUAGCACUUUAGCACCUGGUCCUAGUUCAUCGCGCUUUGUUCCUACAGCGAGUAACAGUGGAGCUGCGGUGGUUGCAGCACCCGGUGCUCCGACAAUGAUGUGGCCAUCCACAGGCGCUGCUCCAGGAGUCAUCAAUCGGCCAACGACGCUCAUACAGCCGGUCUACAUGCCCACGCUGGCACCAGGUCCUUUCUUCAUGUCCGCCGCCACGCAGCCACCGCCUCGUUUCUUCGUGCCCAUGAAUGCGGCCGGCACUCCCGACAUGGCUCACGCCGCCACUGCUGCGGCUGCUGGCUACCCUGCUGCCGCCGCAAUGCAACCGCCAACAACAACAUACGCACCUGCUACAGGGCCCUUCCCGGACCUGCCAGAGGAGCUGGUGUCUCGCGUUGCAUCCUACUUGCGCCAAGCUCGGGGAAAGGGAGUGGAGUUCUUCACCGAUGCUCAGCCAGCGUUCCCAGGUCUGGUUCACAUCUGGGAUUUGCCCGGUGAUACUGUCCACCAUGCAGUGCUGUCGUCGCUCAUGGUUCGACAUGCCAUCUAUGUGCUAACGUUGGACCUGUCCCUGGAUUUGAACUCGCCCAUGCCUGCUGAGGAUGGCAGCGGUGCGCCUAUGGACGGCGAUGCAGCAGAGGCCGUGAGCGGUGCUUCCGACAAAUCCUACCUGGAGCUGAUUAUCGACAGUCUGGACUUUGUGCGGGCUUGCACCUCGCACCAUCAGGAUUCCGCCUCCGUGCAACGCCUGGUACCUGCCGUUGUGAUAGUCGGAACUCACCUGGACUUGCUGGGACCGCCUGACUCGGACCAGGCCAAGCGGCGGGCACGAGAGCGCUUCGCCAUGGUAAAGCGAGCACUGCAAGGACGACUCAGCAGAAAGUACAUCACCUUCCCGUUCUUUGCAGUCGACUGCUUGUUGGCAGGGCAGGAAAAUGACCAUGCUGAUCUGCUGCGGUGCCAUAUCGAGGAUGUCACGCAGACGUAUUUCCCCACCUCGUGGCCGUACGCGUACCUGCGCUUCGAGCAGAUCAUCGAAGCUGAGCGGCGACGUGGGCUGGUGUGCCUGCCCCUGGCUGACGUGAUGAAGAUGGCCAAGGUGCAUUGCCUGCUGGAGCAGCAGGCCACGUUCACCAUGCUAGCUCACAUGCACAACCUGGGCUUGGUCAUCUACACACCCAGAAUUGCACGCAUGGAUGAUCUGGUGGUGAUCCGGCCACAGUGGCUGCUCGGUGCCGUCAAUCGGCUGAUCUGCACGCCGCCGACGGAAUGUGCUACACCGGCCCUCGCCAGCAGCUGGCAUCACUUGGCCACCGAGGGCGUGCUGGAAGAGGAGCUGAUCUGCGAGGCGUGGCAAGACUACGGCGCAAAUCAGUCUCUCCUGCUGGACAUGAUGCAGCGCAUGGACCUCAUCUGCCCCAGCUUGCCACACGUUAUAGACCGCUGCAUUGAGAACAGUAGUAUGACUGCUGAAGAAGAAGAAGAAAUCCCCCAGUUGGAGAGCAGUGUCUACUAUCUUCCAUCAAUGGUCCAGUUUGGUCCAAGUUACGAGGAGUUCCUGCAUGCUCUGUCGCCAGAGCGAGUCUCGGCAACAUUGAUGAUCGUCUUUGCGGACAACUUCCUGCCGGGAAGUAUCUUCCCGCAUUUGCUGCAGAGAUGCCUUCUCUUGUGUCCAAUGAGACCGCAUAUCUUCAAGCAGUGCGCAAGGCUGGCGGUGGAUGCUGACCAUGACUUGCUGUUGCUUGCCAACAAGGAGACAUUGCAGGUGGUGGUUGAAAGCACUGACUAUUCAUCAGCCGCAUCACCGCCACACUCCGAUGUCUGUGCGGAGGUGCUGCGCUUCAUUGUGACGUGUCUGAAUGAGUUUGCAAGCCAAUAUGAACAUGGUAUUGACUUUGAGGUUUGCGUGGAGUGCACAUGCUCUGCUCCGACUCCGUCUAAGCCGCCAGCAUCCUGUGUCUAUCUGGAUUGCUCGCCAGAUGAGCAGCAUUAUGCCAAGCUGCCACUGACUCGCAUUGUCAGCCCUUCUGCGCAUAUGCCACUCGGGACGUCGCAUGCAAACAGCAGCAGUAGUCAGGCUGCUGGAAAUGGUCCUUUCGAGUGGAUAACGUGUGCACGAGGCACUGACAUUGCUGUGCCACUCAACGUCCAGGUGUGGAUUGAGCCGGGAUGUCACCGCUCGGAUUCUCAAAGCGUCUCCGAGUGCCUGCACUACAAUAUACGCCUGCGGCUCUCGCAGCUGCUUGACCCACAUCUCGGGGGCCGGGCGGCGUUGAUGCUGGGUGCUUUGCUCGGCUUCUCUCCGCACGAGAUCAACCGGCUGGAACAAAGCGAUAGCCUAACAAUGUCUCUGAUAGAGACUUGGGAGAGUCGACCGUCAAGUUCAGUGUCACACUUGCGAGAAAAGGUUGCUCUGCUGCGCUGUGAAGAUGCUAUCGACCUGCUGGACUCCAUUUGAAAGCUGACUGCUCGAUCACCUCUGAAGUAUGUCUCUGUGUGUGUGAUCAUAUGCCUCGAGUUCCUGCAUCAGGGAAGCUCUGCUCACAUACAGGUACAGAAAUGUGCCCAAGGUCCACUUGUUGGCCCAAGUGAUGUUGCUCGUUCAACCAAGAGCAUGGGAUAGUCGUUCCUUUCAUCUUGCAUGAGGAGUCAUGCUGAAAACAACGAAGAGUGGAAUGACUAAGUAUCAGCCACAUGGUACUACCAUUGGUCGCAACUGCAAUCAGAACUUGUGCAGCCGAUGCCAAGCACUCUAGAAGCGCUUAUUUAGCCUUCAAACGCUCAAGGCUGUCAUUGUGCAGUGCCUACACUUUGGAGAGGAGGUAUUCACCGGCAUACUCUGAGGCUAUUACUGUUCAGAUCAUCAGGCUUCGUUGACAUUCCGCCUGGCCGUAGCCAUCAGCUUCAUCAAUUGUUCCAUCCUUCACAGUUUAUCUCCUUACUUAUUACCAAAUGAUGCUGCAGACUGGAGCAGGCUCCAGGUGCAUUCUGGCACAAAAGUUCUUCAUUUUAUUGAACACCAUAUCGUAUUUUUUUGCAUUUUAUCUUUCAAAUCCUUUAUUCACUUCAUUGUGAUAAUUGUAGCCCAUUCUGCCAGUGUCCACGGCAUCUUGCUUCCACAUCUUUAUAUGCACCACAUGCUGUACUUUAUUGUCAAGCUAUCCUGGCAUAGUGUAUAUAGUACUAGUGUUCAUGCCCCCCCCCCUCCCCAUCCUCGUUUUUUUGUAUGCUAAGCUGUUGCUGUUACAGCCAGGGAGUCGUAAAACACCGGUAGCGUGGGUGCAGCAGCGGGUUGGAAGUGCCCCGGUGACUGCCCGGCGAGUGAGGCGUUUGGUUAGGUUGUGUUGGUGGCGCACACGGCAAUACCCCCUCCCCUGUAUGUUCCAGUGUCUCGAGCAUCUGCGUGUUUAAAUUGGAGCACCGCCCGUGUGCUGGGAGCUAUGUGCGAUGCUCUUGGUUUGCGUGUGCCGAGUGAUGUUUUGCUGAAAAUUAUUGUGUAUUAUUCUCCACUAUUGUACUCGUACUUUGAACGUACAUAUUCCGAAUAUUUUUCUUUUACAACACAGGCAUUCACAAUUCACAUCCUGAUCAUUUUCAGCUCAAUGGAUUAUCCCUAUUUUGUUUGUUUAUAUUGAUUCCCAAAUUAUUAUGCUAUUCCUACUUUUAACACAUUGUUUUCUUCGUUUUAUGGAAGCAUGUAUCUUUAUCAGCACCGCGUACCGCCGACCUCAGUGGUAUAGAUCCUUCGAGUAGUAUUGUUCACAUGCAGUGUGAUGGAUGUGCACUGCACACAUAUCAUCACAAUCCGUUAAUUUGUGAAAGAGAAAUAAGUGCUAUUCAGUUCUGUUA